AAAGAGUAAUUAACUGAUUGUAAUUUAUAAAAGUUAAUUAUCUAUCUACUCAUCUAUCUCCACUUGUCUGUGUUUUCUUUGAGAAGGUCAUUUGAAAAAUACUAAGAUUAUUUUGAUUGUUUUCUCUUUUUUUUCGUCUUCUCUUUGGUUAUUUUGCUUUUUGUUUUUCUAUUCACUUUUUAAUUGUUUUCUUUUUUUUUGUCUCUCGUGCUUUUUUUGUUAAUUGUUUUUGUUGUUUUGCUGAUUUCUGUUAAUCAUCAUGGAGGAAAUUCAUGGAAUUUAUCAAUCACCUUUAUCCCAAAGAUAUGGAAGCUUGGAAAUGCGAAAAAAUUUCAGUGAUGAUAAGAAAUUUUCGACUUGGCGAUUGUUGUGGGUUAAUUUGGCUAAAGCUCAACAAGCUUUGGGAAUUAAUAUUAGUGAUGAACAAAUUAACGAAAUGGAGGCAAAUGCCGAUAAAAUUGACUUUGAAUUUGUGGCUCAAGACGAAAAACGUACCCGUCAUGAUGUUAUGGCUCAUGUACAUGAAUUUGCUUCCCGUUGUGUUAAGGCUGCACCGAUAAUCCAUUUAGGAGCAACAAGUUGUUUCGUUGGUGAUAAUACCGAUUUAAUCCAAAUUAAGGAUGGAUUUAACAUUUUGCUUCCUCGAUUAGCUCGUUGUAUUGAUCGGUUAACCAAAUUUGCUCGCAAAUAUCAUGACUUACCAACCUUGGGGUACACACAUUUCCAACCAGCGCAACUUGUCACCGUCGGUAAAAGAGCCUGUUUAUGGAUUAACGAUCUUCUUAUGGACUUGAAAAAUUUCGAGCGAGUUCGCAAUGAAUUGAGAUUUCGAGGUGCAAAGGAACCACUAACUCAGGCUUCUUUCCUUCAAUUGUUUAACAACGAUGAAGAAAAGGUUAAAAAGUUGGAUGAUUUGGUUACUCGUUACUCUGGAUUCGAUUCAAGUUUAAUUGUUUGUGGACAAACAUAUUCUCGUAAAGUUGAUGUUGAGGUUUUGGGUGCAAUCGCAGGCCUUGGAUCGACAAUUCAUAAAAUUUGUACCGAUUUACGUUUAUUGGCCCAUAUGAAAGAGAUCGAGGAACCAUUUGAAGAGACACAAAUCGGCUCAAGUGCUAUGCCUUAUAAACGUAAUCCAAUGAGGUCGGAAAGAUGUUGUUCAUUAGCCCGACAUCUCAUGGGAAUCAUGUCUUCGGCAUUAAACACUCAUUCGGUACAAUGGAUGGAAAGGACACUCGAUGACAGUGCAAUUCGUCGGGUUAUCAUACCAGAAGCUUUUAUCACUGCCGAUGAAGUUUUAAUCACUUUACAAAAUGUUUGCGAAGGUUUCAUUGUUUAUCCCGCUGUAAUUGAAAGAAACAUUAACCAAGAAUUACCAUUUAUGGCCACCGAAAAUGUGAUCCUUGCGAUGGUUAAAAAAGGUGCCAAUCGACAAGAGUGCCAUGAAAUGAUUCGACAAUUGUCCCAUGAAGCCGCUCUUCAAGUUAAACAAUUUGGUAAAAACAAUGACCUUUUGGAUCGAAUUGAAAAGCACCGAUACUUUGAACCAAUCAAAGAUGAAUUGAGACAAUUAACUGAUGCUAAAUCGUUUGUUGGUCGAGCACCAAGACAAGUGGUUGAAUUUAUCAGAGCUGAAGUAGAACCAGCAAUUCACCCUUAUCGUAAUCUGAUGAGUGUAAAAGCGAGUGUUACUAAAUAGAUUGUGCGAUUAGAUUGAUGAUUAUCACUGCAAUAAUCAAUUCAACAAUCUAUUGAAUAAACAUGACAACAAACUGGCAAUCAUUAUCAAUAUAUAUAUGAGUUCUAAUUGUAAUUUUAUAAUUGGAUUAACGAUUAGUUUAUAUAAAAAAAUGAAAAUCUAUUGAAAUUUACAAGAA